AUGGAUUUUGACAACGAAUCCCUGCUGCGGUGCUUCUGUUCGGAAGAGGAGGAGCAGAGGAUUAUUGCUUGGAACAAAGAGAACGGCCAUGCUCGGUCUGAUAUCUUCGAAUUCAGGCUUGAAGAAGCCGACAAAUUGAGAGCGCAGGGCAAUGAGUUCUUCAACUCAGGAGACUUUGAAACUGCUCGUCAGCGCUACUAUGGUGCCAUCUGGCAUUUGGAUUUUGAUAUUGGCCAACAGUGGAAUCUGAUGGACAAACACCAGCUUGACCUGAACACUAGGAAGCUGAAAGUCAUCAGCAACAUCUGCGCAGCGUACCUGAAGGCCGAAGACUGGGUGAACACCAAAAAGGCGGCAGACAUUGGCGUGCGGCACAUGGAGAAGGGUGAGCUCACGGAUGACGAGGCCAAGGGGAAGUUCCACUACCGCAAAGGCUUUGCAAAUCUACAGAGAGGAUUUGCAGAGGAUGCGUACGCGUCGCUGAAACAGGCGGAGUCCUUCGCCCCGGGCGACAAACAGAUCCGCAAGAUGCUGAAGGAAGCAGCGGAACAUCAGAAGGCAGAUCGGGAAAAAGCCAAAGAGGUUUGGCGCAGCAAGCUCCUCACUGAAGAAGAGAAGUCGUGCCAGGGCUCCUGGACGCAGCCGUCGGUGGCCUCGGCACGGGUGAAGUCGAUGCUCCGGCGAUGCUGUCGCCGCAAGACGCAGUGA